AUGGCUAAAGUUUUCGUGGGGCACUCCAUAUACAAGGGGAAGGCGGCGCUUACAGUGGAGCCGAGGGCGCCGGAAUUCACACCAUUAGACGUAACUCAAGCCUUCCCAGAAUUUCAGCUAACUUCUAUGAAACUCUUAGGCCCCUUUCAGCUCUGGUAACUCGCGGACGCUACUUGAGUGCAGUCCGGAGCUUACAAAUUGUCGAGGGAGGGUUGCAUCUUUCUCCAGUUCGCCCCAGCGGUGGGAACCCGGCAAUAUGACUGGAACAGGAAGCAGGUUACUGGCAAUAUUUCUCGUGCACUGGAAUUAUUGACUGUUGUUUUCUGUCAGUUUAUGGUUGAGAUGAAAGCUAAAUGCCAUGGCACGCUCGUCAGCCAUGCUAUGAAAACAUGGAAUCGCAUCCCUAGUGAGUAGAAGGCGAGACGCCGUUGACAACCAUUGAUGCAUGCAUGAGGUUAUCCAUGAGCCCUGCUGUAGUGUGAAUUGAUUAUCAUAUCAGUCGACCAUUUUUCCAUGGCUCAAGAAUGUUCUUGCUGGCUUCAAAAUAUUCUGAAACAGAGUGAGGGAAAUCGAUGAAGAAAUUACGAUGCUGUUUAGCCUAUCCAGAUGUAUACACUCGAUGUGGGAUUUUUCUGGAGAGUCGAGAGUUUCCUCUUUUAGAAGGUUAAGUAAGGGCAAGUAGACGAGUUAUGUUUUGACAACUGCAAAUACAUGGUCUGAUAACUUCCUUAGAUGCUCUUGUUAAUACUUUUUUCUUUGUGAAAAAAUAUUUCCCAUCAUGGAAAAUUCUCUCCAGUAAGUAUCUCAUGAUAUAAAGUAAGAAGAUAUAAUGUCCCAUAGAGUUCUUAGUGUUUUAUUACGGUAACUUAGAUGGUAAUAUACUUAUCUUUGGAGGGAGAAGAAGCCCCUCAUCCCACUGAAAACCAGGAGAUACUGACUGAGGAGUUCCUCGAAACAAAGUCCUUUAGGGGGAGAGGGUAAUACUUUAACUUCUCAAAGAUUAUCCAAAUACAGGGAACAGAUCAUCUCCGGAGAGAAAAGACUUGGAAUCCUUAGGGGGCGAGAGUCUCAUUAACCUUAUGGGCUUUGAGGGAUGGUGUUAAUAGUGCCACACUUUUCUUCGGUGGACCUUAACCGUGCCUAUGGGGGUUGUAGGGCAUUAUUCUUGCUUAAACUUCAGCUUUCCCUGAUAUCAGUUUUGAUUUUGUGAUCACAUAAAAUGGAUAUGAUGGGAAUUUUUCAAUAUUUUGUUCUUAUUUCCAGGUGUUCUCGCUGUCUGUUUCUGAGAUUGGAACGUUGAUGAACCUCGGGGCAAAGGAUUCGUGUGAAUUUUUCCACGAUCCAUUUAAAGGAAAGAGGUACCUGAGCCAUAAUUCUCUCGUUGAUUUUUCAUAAAAAAAAAUAAAAUCUUUUCCUUAGGGGAGAAAAAUGUUAGCAAUAACUAGAUCAUGGAUUCGGAAAUGUUUCCUGCAUUCAUUUUAUUUCGUUCCUGUGUGGGCAUAAAUAUACUUCAUUUUAUUAACUAGAUCAUGGAUGUUCAUGAAUUCCUAAAGUUCUCAUAUGAUACUUUUGUGAUUGGGAAGAACUCCCGACAUGUAUCAUUUGUACGGCAGUGAGGGGGGCAUGGAAGGUUAUGGAUGAGGGUUUCAUUCCCCCCUGGGCGGGAGGAAUUUAGUGCCCCAAAUGCGCGUUCGUCUAUGAAAGAAAGGGAAGAUGAAAUAUGCUCUAGCUUUGUUAAGUUGAAGUAUAUUAUUUUUUAAUGUAAUACAUCCAGAUGUGCUAAUGAGGACUCGAAUAGUUGUUUGUUUAUGAAUUUGAAAAAAUCAUCUGGAAUAUUUGUUUUCCUUGCAGCGAUGAGGGGAAGAUCCGCAAGAUUCUGAAGGCUGAGCCUUUUCCGGAUGGCGGUGGCCACUUCUUCAAUCUCAGUAAAAUCCAUCUUCCCUCUUAUAAUCCGUUCAAUGGAAAACUUCCUAAUUAUAUCUUUCAACAAAAAAAAACUAAGGUAAUUUGACAUCAUCAUGCAUGUGGAUCAGUUCCAAGAACAGGGGACCAGAAUCAAUGCAUCAGGCUAAAUAGAGAUGGAUUUUCCUAAUGUUCUUCGUGCUUCAUUGAAGAACUACCCAGAUAGGCCCUCAUAUCUGGAAAUACCCAUGGAUUUUGCCAUCCAUAUGAUGCUCCUCUGCAUCUUCCCUCUUAUAAUCCGUUCAAUAGAUAAUUUCCUAAUUAUAUGCUUCAACAAAAAAAAAGAAGGUAAUUUGACACCAUCAUGCAUGUGGAUCAGUUCCAAGAACAGGGGAUCAAAAUCUCUUGCGAAUGCACCAGGCUAAGUAGAGAUGGAUUGCACUCGUGUUCUUCAUGCUUCAUUAAAGAACUACCCAGAUGGGCCAUCAUAUCUGGAAAUACCCAAGAAUUUCCUCUGCCGUCUUGGUUUUCUCAUUUAUUUUUUUAAUUUAUUUUUAUUUUCAGGCGUUCAAAACCGGCUCCAGAAUGUGGAUGAGAAUAUUUACAUCCCCAUCACCAGAGCAGAGUUCACAGUUCUCAACUCGGCCUUCAAUGUACGUCUUGCUUCUACUGUUUUAGUUAGUCCCUUUGCUGAGCAGAUUUGGUGAGACUGAGACCGCCGUUGCAUUGAUUUCCUUCCCCCCUGCAAUCACAGUUUGUCAUUCCAUACUUUCUUGGGUGGCAUGCGUUUGUGGAUUCCAUGAAGUGCGAGGAUAGCAUGCGCUCCAAUGGCGUGGUCCGAUCUGGUGCUGAGUCUGAGUGGGGAAGAUGA